UCAAACAAAACCAAACAACACAACGUCAAAAAAAAAAAAAAAAAACACAUUACAUUACAUUACAAUUUUCAUAGUUCAUAGCAAUGAGUUCAUGGGUGAGAGGCAAGUGUAUUGGUAAAGGAGCGUUUGGCGUUGUGAAUUUAGCUUAUUCAAAAAGCGAUUCUAAAGUUUUCGCGGUGAAAUCAGUUGAUACUAAAACUGCUCUUCCAAGUCAGUUAGAAGCGUUGGAGAAUGAGAUUAAGAUUUUGAAACGGUUAUCUUCUUCUUCUUGUUCUUCUUCGCCUCACGUGAUUGGUUUUCUCGGCGAAGAUGUCACGUGCGAAGGAAAUAAAACGUCGUCGUUUAAGAAUCUACACUUGGAGUACAUGCCAGGUGGCACCGUCGCUGAAAUCAACCGUGCUGACGUGGAUGAAAAGUUAGUUAGAAACUUCGCCUGGUGUUUAGUUAACGCGUUACGUGAUGUUCACGCGCGUGGCGUUGUUCAUUGUGAUGUUAAAGGAAGAAACGUUCUCAUCGGUGGUUCCGUCGCUAAGCUAGCUGAUUUUGGUUCAGCUAUGGAAUUUUCCGGUGGUGAAUGUGAAGUACCACGUGGAAGUCCGAUGUGGAUGGCGCCGGAGGUUGUUCGCCGGGAGUAUCAAGGACCGGAGUCUGAUGUCUGGUCAUUAGGAUGUACUGUAAUUGAGAUUUUCACCGGAAAAUCACCGUGGGAGGAUCGGGGAUUCGAGACGUUGAGUCGAAUUGGAUUUUCCGAUGAGUUACCGGAGUUUCCAAGCGGUUUGUCGGAGCUCGGGAGAGAUUUUCUGGAGAAAUGUUUGAGGCGUGAUCGGAAUCGGAGAUGGAGGUGUGAUCAGCUACUUCAGCAUCCAUUUUUGUUACCGUGUGAUCGCGUAGUUGAAACUUCGCCACGUUGCGUUUUGGAUUGUGAAGAAAACGAGUUUGAAUUUGAAGAAGAAAAUGAAGUGAAGUUGAAUAGUGAUGAAAAUGAAAAUUCAGGUAAAAAUAGAAUUGGUAAAUUAGCAACGGGAAUGAGGGUAAAUUGGGAAACGGAAGAUUGGAUUGAAGUGAGGGCAAUUUCGUCUGAACAAAAAGAAGAAGCAACAAUGGAAAAUGAAGAGUAUGAGUGUGACUGUGAGGGGGAAGAAGCUGAAUCAGGGGUAAUAUGGGAAAUUGAGAAUAUAAUGAGGGUAGAAGAGGAAAUGGAAGUUGGGAGUAAUUCGGAAUAUGGGGAUUCUGAUGAAAGGGUAAAAUGGGAAAUGUGGAAAUACAACCGCAACCGUAGGAACAACGUUAUAGGUGGAAGUGGAAGUUGGUCUGGUUGGAGAUGUCGGUAUAGAUACGGUUGGGGAAAUUUUAAUAGGAAUAUUAGUGGAAUAUUCAGCAUUUGCACUUGUUGUAAUAAUUGUAAAUUAUUCAAAUCAUGUAAAUUGUUCUCAAUAUAUAAUAAUUGUUAUUAUUCCUUGUGGUUGAAAAUAUUCUUUAAUUGGUGUUUCAAAUUGAGAUUCAUGUUAAACAUGGUUAAGAGUGUUUUUAUUUUAAAGUUUAGUGGAAAUAAUUUAAUCAGAACUAUUUUAUUUAGUCAAAUAUUAGAAGAGUUCGUUCAAUAUAAAUAA